GCAUUACCCACCACCCUUUCGUGGAGUUGUGACCAGUACUCAAACCUACAGCAAUGAAGUACACUAUAUUCUUGGGACUCUUCGCCGUUGCGGCAGCUUUCCCUGGUAUUAUCCACCAGGAGGCUUCACAAAGUGCAGAGGGCUUCGACCAUCAAGGCGCUAUUGGCGAAUCAGGACACCAUCACCAAGUCCAACAUGAACACGCAAAGUCACACCAAUCCAUCAAAUUCGAACAUUUUCACCCAGUACCAGUAUAUGUAAAGAAAGAGCACAGCCAUCUUCUUAAACACCCACUCGAAAAGGGUAAAUCUGAACAAAACCUGAAACAGAUUCACCCCGAAACUCAGCACAGCCAUGGCGGUGGUCUCGUGUUGGAAGACCACAGACUAGACACUGAACAUUUUGCUGCCAGCCAUGGUCACGGAGAUUUUGAACAUGGAGGUCUCGAGCACGGAUCUUUAGAGCAAGGAAGCCUAGAACAUGCCGGUCUUCAACACGGUGGCUUUGAACAGCAGGGCGGUUUUGAACAUUACGCUGGCAGUUACGAAGGCGGUGAAGGCUUAAAGGCAUACGCUGAGUCCCAGCCUGAAAUCCAGGGACAUUUCUAUCCUGAAUCUCAUGGUCUUUCAGGUGGCAGCGAAGAAGGCUACAAAUUUGAGCACUAUUAAUCGCAUUUAACUUAAUUCCUUACGGGCUUAGUGUGGGUAAUAAUCCACCGUCUCAAAUUACUUUAAGAUGUUCUUCUUGCCUGUUAAAUAUUAUUAGCAUAAUAAACAACACAUAUGAUAAUUAUGCUGAUCAGAGGCUUUGUGAUUAAUAAUGCUUCAAAAGUUAAUAAAAACGUACCUGACAUACAUAGGUUAAAAAUAAAAUUAUGGUAACCCGUGAAUUCUUUUAGUGGUGUAAAUGUUGAGGCAAAUGUGUGUCGGCACUUGUAUUAUGUAUGAUAUGUAUAAUGUAUCCCUUUUAUAGUGUGUCGUCCUUGCUUGUUUCUGUAUAUUAUUUUAAUUACUAUAUUUAAGGACGUAUGAUGAGUCCCAGUGAAAUUGUGAUAUUAAUAAAAUGUUGAAUUUUUAAUAUA